AAGAAGAAGGUAGCUAAGUGAGCGACGAUACAGAAGGUUGCAGCGAGAUUCUUCAGUUUUUGGUCUCGUUUAAAAUCCCAUGCUGAGUCAAGUCUCUGCGUUGCUUGGAGAUUUCGUGAAGAGGAGCCGCGAACCUCUGGCGCUGUUUUGCACAAGCUGUGUCAUGGCGAAGAGUAAGUUUGAGUAUGUGCGCAGCUUUGAGACUGAUGACACGUGUUUACGGAACUGCUACAUCGUCGUUCGGCUGGAUGGCCGGAAUUUCCACAAGUUUGCUGAGCGGCACAACUUUACGAAGCCCAAUGAUGACCGAGCUUUAGGCCUGAUGGCCCGCAGCGCACGCUCCGUCAUGGAGGAUCUGGAGGACAUUGCUAUAGCUUAUGGGCAAAGCGAUGAGUUCAGCUUUGUAUUUAAAAGAUCAACCAACUGGUUCAAAAGAAGAGGAAGUAAACUGAUGACCCAUGUGGCAUCACAGUUCUCCUCCAGCUAUGUGUUUUAUUGGAAGGAUUAUUUUGGAGAGCAGCCACUGCUCUAUCCUCCAGGCUUUGACGGCAGAGUUGUCUUAUAUCCAACCAACCGUAAUCUAAAAGACUACUUAAGCUGGAGACAGGCUGACUGUCACAUUAACAACUUGUACAACACUGCUUUUUGGACACUGGUGCAAAAGGGUGGACUCUCCACAACUCAGGCGGAGGAGAGACUAAAUGGAACUUUGUCUGCAGAUAAGAAUGAAAUGUUGUUUGCAGAGUUUAAUAUGAAUUACAAUAAUGAAUCACCUCUACACAGAAAAGGCACCACGUUGAUCUGGGAAAAGGUUGAUGAAACGUCGACUAAAAGGAUCACAUUGCCCAAAGAAGGAGAAAAAGAGGUCACUUUUACACGGAGCAGAAGAAAAGUUACAGCUCAUAACUGUGAUAUAAUUGGAGAUUUGUUCUGGGAAGAACAUUCAGACAUUUUAGAGGAAGACUGCUGAAUGUAAACAGGAUGAAAAGACUGGAGCUGGACUAAUGUUUUAGCAUCUGUGCAAACUUAAUAUUAAGUUUUAUUUUUUAAUUUCCAGAAAAUAAAAUGUUUAAAUGUA